AAGCGGGACCAGAAGGCUUCUCCUUUUGAAAGCUCCUAGUUGCCAAUUGUCGAUAUGCAACUGGUAACGUGGCUGUGCAUCGGGAUGCUCCUGGUGGUCCUGGGUUCAUCCUUGGAGCUGGAUUUCAAGAAGCCCCCUCCUACGAGCGGUUUGCUCUUUCCCCAAGACUCGGAGACUAGAGAAGUGCGGUCGCUGGACGGAAUCUGGCAAAUGGUGAAGGGUUCUUCUUCUGAUCUAACCAGCGAGGAUUACCAGGAGAAAUUAUUCGAGAAGAGUCUCAGCCAGUCGGGUCGCCAUUUGAUUCCCAUCGCGGUGCCCGCAUCCUAUAAUGACAUCACCGUCAGCCGAUCACUGCGCGACCAUGUGGGCCCCGUUUGGUACGAGAGAAGCUUCUUUGUGCCCGCCUCCUGGGACCGAAGGCUUCGAACGUGGCUGCGAUUCGGAAGCGUCCACUACCGCGCCGAGGUGUGGAUCAAUGGGCAGCACGUCGUGCGUCACAGCUCCGGGGGAUUGCCCUUCGAGACGGAGGUGAGUGGGGUUGUGAGCUUCGGCGCCGAGAACCGACUGACUGUGAUGUGCGACAACCGACUGGAUAACCUAACUAUCACCCAAGGGGAGCUCCAGGAUGAUGGUGACACCACCAAGGCAACCCGUCAAGAAUAUGGUGUUGACUCUUUCAACUACGCUGGGAUCCACAGGAGUGUUCUGUUGUACUCCACGCCCCUGGUCUUCAUCAGCGAUGUCUCCGUGUCCACAGAAUACACCUCGAGGAGAGUGGGCAUCAUCAAGUAUCGGCUGUGGAUGGCUGGAAAGUCCCCGACUAAGUGGCGGAGAAACUACUAUUUCCGUGUCCAGGUGCAUGAUCAACAGGGUGAAGUGGUGGCCCAGCAAGUUAUCAGGCAUCCCUUCAAGGGUAGACUGCGCGUUCAUUGUGCCCGAGCCUGGUGGCCCUACCUCAUGGAUCCUGAGCCGGGAUAUCUGUACCGGCUCAAAGUGGAACUCUUCGAAGGCGAUUCAGAGGCUGAGGAGUCACAAGAUGAUGACCGGCUGGAUGUCUACCGGAUUUCGGUGGGACUACGCAGCCUUAAGUGGGACAACAACAGCCUGCUUUUAAACGGCAAACCUUUGUAUUUGCGAGGAUUUGGCCGCCACGAGGACUCAGAGAUCCGCGGCAGGGGUCACGACAAUCCCCUCAUGCUGCGGGACUUUAACUUGCUGCGUUGGAUAGGAGCGAAUGCCUAUCGCACAUCCCACUACCCCUAUUCCGAGGAGUCCAUGCAGUUUGCCGACGAGCAGGGCAUCAUGGUGAUAGACGAGUGCUCGGCGGUGGACUUGGAGGGCUUUCACCCAGGCGUGCUGCAGAACCACAUGUCGGCGAUGGAGCAGCUGAUACACAGGGACAGGAACCAUCCAAGUGUCAUAGCCUGGUCGCUGGCCAACGAGCCCAGCUGUACGUUAGAGUCCGCCGAAUACUUUAAAUCUUUGGUGAAGUACAUCCGGAAAAUGGCUCACUGUCGUCCUUUGACUGCUGCUCUUGCAACGCCAACUGAUGACGCGGAUAAAUGCAAGCUCGCUGGAUUGCUGGACAUUCUGGGCUUCAAUGGGUAUUAUGGCUCGACUUCUGGUAGUCUGGACUCGACCACAGGUCCCCUAGUGAAUGAGGCCAAAUUUUGGCGCAAUCUGACCCAGAAGCUGGUGAUUAUAAUGGAGUACGGUGCGGAUUCCAUUGAGUUUUACCCAUCGUUGCCUUCACUCAUGGGUUCCCCCGACUUCCAGCGGCAGCUGUACUCCAAGCACUUUCAGGCCUUCGACAAGCUGCGGCAGAAUCCUUGGUUCAUCGGGGAGUUCGUGUGGAACUUUGCCGACUUCCAGACGGCCCACUCUUAUACGGGGCUCGGUGGACAUAGGAAGGGCAUCUUCACCAGGAACCGGCAGCCCAAGGAGAUGGCGUAUGUGCUGAGGCGACGCUACUUUGGCCUGGCCCACAAACUAAAUCGGGUCAAGAUGCCAGCGGAUCUGGAGGAAUAUGUAGUGGCGGAAAGCAAUACAUCCAAGCUAGUCGAUCACGAAUCUGGAGAGGAUUUUAAGCUGUUGUAGUUACAAAAUAUAUGGCUGUAUUUAUUAGGAC